AAGGAAGGAGCAGCCCAUGCCUCCUCCAGGCCCCCUCUGGAGCCGGUAGCCCCCAUGGCCGCCGCGGUGGCCCUCCUCCGGAACGACACCCUCCAGGCCUUCCUCCAGGACCGGACCCCCAGCGCCUCCCCGGACUCUCCCUCCUCCUCCUCCUCCUCCUUGUCUCACUCUCCGCUGGCGCUGCUGGCCGCCACUUGCAGCCGGAUCGGGCAGCCGGGGCCCCCCUCGGACUUCCUCGCCUUCGAGCCUGCUGCUUCCUCCGGGGGGCGCCUCUUCCACCCGUGGGGCAGCGAGAUGCCUGCCCACUCCCCGGGGCCGCCUCCCAGCCUGGGCCUGGCCCCCCACUUCGGGCCCGCUGGGCACGAGCUGCCCCUGACGCCGCCGGCCGAGCCCUCCUACCCGCCUUACGACUUCAAGAUGCUCCCUCCUCCUCCGCCGCCUCCGCCCCACGCCGCCCCUCCUCCGCCUCCUCCCUCCUUCGUGCCCUUCCCCUCGGGCUACUCCAACCUGCUGGGACCCCCUCCGCCCCCUCCCCCGCCGCCGGUCCCGGAGGAGCUGCCCUGGUGGAGCAUCCAGCAGGCGGCCGCCUCGACGCCGGGCCCCCCGUCCUCCUGCGCCCACCGCCUUCCCCGGGGCCUGAUGCUGGCCCCCUCGGAGCUGGCCCAGUACCAGAGCCAGCUGGCCGCCCUGCUCCACCCGAAGGCCGCCCUGGCCGCCGCCGCCUCCUCCUCCGCCCGGCGCUGCCGGCGCUGCCGAUGCCCCAACUGCCAGGCGGCGGCGGCCGGAGGAGGAGGAGGAGGAGGCUUAGGGGGCGGCACGGGUCCCUCGUCGUCGGAGGGCCCCUCGGGGAAGAAGAAGCAGCACGUGUGCCACCUGCCGGGCUGCGGGAAGGUCUACGGCAAGACCUCUCACCUGAAGGCCCACCUGCGCUGGCACAGCGGGGAGCGUCCCUUCGUCUGCCCCUGGCUCUUCUGCGGCAAGAGCUUCACCCGCUCCGACGAGCUCCAGCGCCACCUCCGCACCCACACCGGCGAGAAGCGCUUCGGAUGCGGACAGUGCGGCAAGCGCUUCAUGCGCAGCGACCACCUCAGCAAGCACCUCAAGACCCACCUCCACAAGCGAAGCAGUAGCAACCCCAGCAAGGCAGCGGCCCAGCCCCACAGGCAACACGCAGCCCCCCUCGUCAAGAAGGAGCAGCAGGAGGAGGAGGAGGAAGCCCCCGGGCUGCUCUGA